CCACCUGUGCUAAUUAGCUAUCUAGCGUGCCCUGAACACCUGUAUGUAAGCAUAACUGGGGAAGAAGUGUAGUUUCGUCUGAUGGUGGAACACAUAGCUUGUGGAUCUUGUUAGAGUUGCGUCAAUUCAAAUCUGGUAAUAGGACAAUAGAGUUAAAUCUCGCUACGCAUCUUCCUCUGGUAUGACAUUACCACAACCUUGUUCUUCGAUGAGGUUUAAGGGUGGUUGACAUCCAAUAUCUAGCCGCAACCGACAGGGGGCGCCAAUUAUAAUUGGCAACAGUAAUUUAGUUGUUUUUCUUCCGAUUGCAUAUCGUUCAACUUCCGAGUCAAAUGCGUUAGUUCUAAAUCAAAAUACGGAGAAUCUAAGGAGUUAGCAAGCGACUUUGUGGUGUUUUAAUGACAUUUAUUAUUUUGGAUUUUAAAUCCAGAAGCGUAUAGUAACAGAUGGCAGGUUUACCCCCCGGAGACCCGCAGUUGGUCUCUAUGAUCGUCAAUCAUUUGAAAACGCAAGGUCUUUUCGAUCAGUUUAGAAGGGACUGCUUGGCAGACGUGGAUACAAAGCCUGCAUACCUGAAUUUAAGACAACGAGUGGACAACUUUGUGUCCAAUCACCUCUCUAACCACACAUGGAGUCCUCAUCUGAACAAGAAUCAGUUGAGAAACAACAUCCGACAGUUGGUGUUGCAGUCUGGGAUGCUGGAGCAGGGAGUUGACAGGAUAGUUGCUCAGGUGGUGGAUCCCAAAAUUCAUCACACCUUCAGGCCCCAGGUGGAGAGGGUGGUCCGUGAAUUCAUGUCCCCUGGCAGCUAUGUUGAUGAACCCCCAGUCCCGCCUGCUCCUGUAGAGGAGAAACAAGACUUUGACCUGCCAGUGCAAGCUCCUUCAUCUGCCCCUACUACUUCAAUGGCCAGAGAUGCCAUGUCCAUCCUGGAUACCAUCACCACUCUGAACCAGGAGGCCAGCUCCCGGGCCAGCUCCAGUGGAGAGAAGGGCCUGAAGGGGGGCUCUGAGAGGGACCAAGACCCAGAGGAGUCGAUGCAGGAGUCUGAAGGAGGAGAGCAGGACAUGAGUCUGGUGGAGGAGGGAGAAGAGGACCAGGACAGGAAGACACCAGAGAAAGAAGAGGAAGCGAAGCUUGUGUCAGAGGCCCAGGCUAUGGAGGUCAAAACAGAGGACGUACAGGAGCAGGUGGACUGUGAGAGAGAGGGGAUGAAGGGUGAGGGGGAAGAGGUUGGGACUCAAGAGGAGGCAGAAGAGAGAAAGGAGGGGAAGACCAUAGGAAAGCUAAAAGAUGAGGUACUGAACAAGGAUGUUGAUCCACUUCAGUCCCCCAAUGAGAAACACCAUAUCAAUCAGAAGGCCAGAGAGAGGUUAAAAGAAGAAUAUUCUCUGGAAGACUCCGACCUUGAUGGCCUCAGUGACAUCACUGUGAGCUCUGUCCACACCAGCGACCUGUCGUCCUUUGAGGAGGACAGCGAUGAUGAGCAGCCACUGUCAGAUUCUACAGAGGACGGCGAGGUCUCAUCUGAAGAUGAAAAGUCUGAGAAAAAGAAGACCAAUAGAGAGGAAGACAAUGAGGAGAGCCCAGAGCGCAAGCCUCGUCGACAGGCCUACGUCCACAAGCCCUUCCUCUAUUCCCGUUACUAUAGCGACUCUGACGAUGAGGUUACUGUGGAGCAGCGUCGGCGGUCAGCGGCCAAGGACAAGGAAGAGAGGCUUUUAAAGAGACAGCAGAACAGGGAACGCAUGGAGGAGAAGCGUAGACAGAAGUCAGCUCAACUAGAAGACCAGGAGAGCAGGCAGCAGACCUCUUCCCCCAGCCUGGAAGCUCAGGAUCCCAGGGCCAAAGAGGCUCUCAAGGAAAAGAAGGUUCUUGAGAAGAAGAUGGCCCUCAGUAGGAAGAGGAAAUGGGACUCACGGAAAGAGGGAGAUGUUACAGGCAAGAGAAAGGGAGAUGCAGCAGGAGAGUUCAACAAAAAGGAAGAAGCAAAGGGUAUUUCCUCAAAGAGCUUGCAGCACAAGUCAAUCAGAAAAGUCUCAGAGUCUGCAGCAUCAGAAGAGAGGCACAGGAGGAAGAGUGUCAGCACUUCUGAGGAAUCUGGAGAACCUAGAAAGCUGGCAGACAAAAGCCGUACACAUUCCUUUAUCCUGGACUUGGAGCAGGGAUCUGAGUCACCACUCAAACAGCGAGCUGCUGGAAAGUUUGACCGGCUUUCCCGCAAAGAGUUAAACCCUAAAGAGCGCAAGGAGAAAGAGUGUAGCCUGUCGGACGAGCGCUCCAAGCUUAAGCAAAAGUUGGAGAAGAGAGUAGUAAGUGAAUCCCACACAGAUGAACCUGAGCAGAAUGAAGGGGCCCACAUUGAAGUAUCCUCUGAUGACAAAGGGGAGAGAAAGUCCAAGGUGAAAGGUGACAAGAAAGUGUCAGUGAAUGCCAGGGAAGGUAGGGCAUCUGUGUCAGAAGGAGGUGUCUCUGAUGAGGGGGCUAGCAAGGAAGCCACAACCAAGAAGGGGAAGGCUCCAUCAGUUGAAGCUGCCAAAGUUGAGAAGGACAGAGAGAAGGAAAAGAACAGGGAAAAUGAGAAGGAAAGGGAGAGAACCAAAGCAGAGAAGAUUCCAUUAAAAACUGACCCUAGGCAGUUACUCCGUCCGGAUUCCACCGGCUCUUCUGAGGAAAGGUCUGAUAUGGAGCCUGGAUCAGAAAGCAUCAAGAAAAAGGACAAACACCCUAAAGAAGUCCUCAAGAGGUCAAAGAGCCACACAGAGGACAAAUAUGUAGAAAAACCCAAGUCUAAGCCAGACAUUGAGAAGGAGAAACUCAGAACAGAACAUGUUACUCAGGAAAACCAGAAACCAAGUAAGUCCAGCUCUGAAACUGACAAAGACUCCAGAAAGUCCAGGGAGACAGAGCCUGGAAUGAAGGUAAAGAUCAUGGAAAAGUCCAGAUCCAAGUCAAGGGAGGAUAAGAAAGCUCAAUGUUUGGAGGUCAAAAACAAAGGUAGCACAUCAGGCAGUAGACCUGACGCAUCAAAGGAAAGAAAAAGAGAGGGAAGCAUGAAGGAGCAAAGGAAAGACACUCAGGAAAACCCACCAGAGAAAAUGGAAGGCAGGAGUGGGAAGAAAAUCCUUGAUAAAAAGGCCCAAAACCCAGAGAAGAAAGAGACCCAGGAUGAGAGAAAAGGACGUAAAGCAGAUGAAAAGUCGGAUAAGUCCUCAAUCUCCUCACCUGCUAUUACGGAACCUCCUCUGAAGAAAGGCCCUCAAUCCAAAGACGCAAGCACGGACUGGGAUCCCACCGAUGCCACCAUUACCACCUCUGCCUCUGUUACCUAUGAUGCUUUGAGUGACGUCACCCCUGAACUGGAGGAGGAUGACAGUGAAAUGCCACUCGGUGAGGUGGAACCACGUCCUUUGACAACUGGGGCAGAUGCUCUUCUGACUUUGAUGGACAUCUGUACCUCAGCAGAUGCAAGACUAGGCCAAGGAAGUGACAUCACAGGGGCCAUGCAGCGAGAGGCCUGCCCAGAGCUCUCCUUCCAAGAAGCAGACAUAAAGAUGAAAGAGGCAGCUCUGACCCUGCUCUCCAUGGACCCUGAGAGUAUACUAUCUCCUACCUUAGUCACUCCAGCUACACAGGAAGUCACAGAGGCAACCAUACCUGCUCUGCAGCGGAAGGAAACUACUAAACCUGUUGCAAAUGAUCAGGAAGAGUCUGAGCAUGUUCUGGAAAUGGACGAAAGUGAUCUAACAGCUACUGCCUCAUCAGAGAAAAUGGAUGAACAGUCAAGGAGCCAAGUCGAUGUUCUGGCCACAGAUAUUCUCGACACAGGGGGGAAAGAUACGGUGGUGUCAACAUGGACAUUAGUUGAAGGGAUGUCUCAGGAAAAUAAAUCUACUGUUGACAGAGAUGAGGAAAAACCAGGCCAUGCUGAUGUUGUUCCUGAGCAAGAGCCCGUAUUGGGACCAUCAGUCGACAAACAAUAUGAGACUCAGACUGAGAAGACAAAACUGCUGGCCAUGGAACAUGAGUGUCCGGUUAAGAUGGACAUUGAUAACAUUAAUAAAGACCAGACUGAAGCACAAGAGGAAAAUGGAGUCACUGAGUCUGGGAAGUGUGACACACCUGAAAAACCAAGGGAGACUCGACGUGGUCGGCCAUCAAAGCUGGUCAAACAAGCCAGCAAUUCAUCCAAGUCAGACGGACAAGAGGACGAGAAAGGGUCUGACCUGUCUGAAAUGGAGGACAAAAUGGAGGGAAGAGUAACCCGCAAAGGAAGGCUAUCCGGUCAGAAAGCUACCACGGCCAAAGACUCCGGUAUGGAGAAAAAUGAGAAGGACAGUCGAGAGCAGCAGUCCAAGCUGGCUGUGGAAGUGAGUAAAGACAAUGCGGGUGAUAAGGCCACAGAUUCCAGAACGCCACGCAGAGGACGCUCGUCUAAAACCUUUGCGGAUGAGGAGGAACUUAAAGAGCCUGAGAAAGUGGAGGAGACCCCGCCUCGCAGAGGCAGACGGUCAGGUGCCCAGGCCAAAGACUCCACCACAGGAAACCAGGAGAAAGAGGAGGAAGAGAAAACAGGAGAGACAUCAUCGGAAAAGCCAAAGGAGAAACAGGAGAUUCAUCCCCCUCUUCAAAAAGAUGAGGAGGAGGAGGAGAAGAGAGGCAGUAGACAGGGAAGACCAGCUAAACCUCCAAUCUCCAAGCAAAAGACAAAUGAAGAUGCAGAAAGCUCUCAUUCCAAGGAGCCCACUGAUACUCGCAAACCUGCAGUGAAGAGGAAGAGGUCUGAGGAAUCUGGGGAGGGGACCCAGCCUGAGGAGGAGGGGACCCAGCCUGAGGAGGAGGGGACCCAGCCUGAGGAGGAGGGGACCCAGCCUGAGGAGGAGGGGACCCAGCCUGAGGAGGAGGGGACCCAGCCUGAGGAGGAGGGGACCCAGCCUGAGGAGGAGGGGACCCAGCCUGAGGAGGAGGGGACCCAGCCUGAGGAGGAGGGGACCCAGCCUGAGGAGGAGGGGACCCAGCCUGAGGAGGAGGGGACCCAGCCUGAGGAGGAGGGGACCCAGCCUGAGGAGGAGGGGACCCAGCCUGAGGAGGAGGGGACCCAGCCUGAGGAGGAGGGGACCCAGCCUGAGGAGGAGGGGACCCAGCCUGAGGAGGAGGGGACCCAGCCUGAGGUGGAGGGGACCCAGCCUGAGGUGGAGGGGACCCAGCCUGAGGUGGAGGGGACCCAGCCUGAGGUGGAGGGGACCCAGCCUGAGGUGGAGGGGAUGCAGGAAAGUCACCUGAAGGAACAAGAGGAGAAACCCCAUGGAGAGGAUAGCGUGAGCCAGUCUGACGACCCGGAGAAGGGGACAGAAGAGGGUUCCAGUGAUAACAAAACAGAUGAGGGUGAGGAGGACAAAGACACGCCUCAGAAGAAACCUGCUCGUAGGGGAAGGCCCUCGAAGGGAGCAACAUUGACGUCAGAGGAACCGGAAAAUACCGUGUCUGAGAAGACCGACAAAAAGCUAGACAAGAAAGAGAGCGAACAAAAAGAGGAUGAAGAGGAGGAAGAGACGCCCAAAUCCAGAACUGCGACUCGAGCUGCUGUUCGCCUUGAAGCUGAGAGGAACAAACCAAGGAAACCUUCCACCCGAGCUCGAGGUGAAGAGGAGAACCCAGCAAACACACGUGGGAUGAGAGGACAGGCCUCGGCGUCAGCUAAGGCAGGGGGGCGUAAACGUGAAGCCAGCCCCCCAACAGUGCGCACCAGAGGUGGACAAAAAUCUGAGGAGCCCCCUUCCAAAAAGACCAAGCGAUGAACAAAUACCUGCUUUCCCCAAGCCCAGGUAUUAGAAUAUUCACAGCGCUGUUGACAUAUGAGUUUUUUGAGUUUGAAAUUCUUCUUUGUUUUUAGAAACACUUCACAUAAUACAUACCGGUAUUAAUUUGAACAGAUCUGAACUUCUCCCCUCUAUUCAAGCCUGUGGAUGUGUUGGAUAGGAACAUUUGGGGAUGGCAUGACAGUAUGGUCUAGCAGUGGUGGUUCUCCAAACAGUCACCUGACCUGGAUUUAGCUCAUGGUGCUUUCCAUUUCUAUACAGUAUUAUAGACCCUUCACCAUAGACCCAUAUGUUUUAGAUUGCACUGGUCAUUUAAAGAUGUUAGCUAAUAAUAUCUCAUGAAACGGAGCAUUAGAGACCAAUCAAAGGUCAUAUGUGGAGAGCCUCAUUGACUUUAAUCCUAGGACAAAACACUGGAAAUUCUUUGUCACUGACAAAUCGAAUUGUGUGUGUGUUGGUCACUCCGAGGAUUUGCCGUUGUGCAGGAAUAUGUCCUUUGGUUCCUGCAUCACGUUCAAGGGUUUUAUAUUUCUUUGACCUAUAGAUACAUUUCGAUAUCAUUCAUAUAGAGUUGUAUAGAAGUUAUUAACCUGGGUAUAGUCUCACAAGUACUUUUACAAUUUGUGUUAUGUUUUUGCUCAUUGUUUCCGUACCCAGAAGCCUCUUCCUGUUACUGGACUUGAACAUGGAAGUAUCCAUUCUAUGAAUGUAAAGGAGGUGUUUGUCUUCUCCCUGUGUUUUUUUUCUUCUGUUAUUUAGUUUUUUACUACACAGAUUUGUCUGUGCUCCUAACUACUUUCCCCAUUAAGUGAUUUCUAUUUUUGGUUAUUUUUGUAAUGUGUGCUCACAGAGCUUAUGCCCUGUUGUCAGUAUUGGAAGAGAUUAAAUCCCUUUCAAAUGGUGAACAAGUGGUGUGUGUGGGACUCUUUCCUCACUUAUUGACUGAACAUUUUGUUUUUGAUUAUACU